AUGCCUGAUGGGACUUUUGGCUGUUUCUGUGGUGAGGUCUGUCAGUCUCACAUCUCGUCAGAACACCUCAGGCCUGCUGCUUGUGAGCUCCACAACUCGCCAACAACAGGGCACAUCAGUCGUCUAAUCACCAACAUGCUGUCAAAAACCAUAGUCUACAAGUUCUUUCACUUGUGCACAAGUCUGCACAACACUACAGGUGUGACAUACGGCCUGUGCGUGCAGAGGCAAAGGCAGAGGCCCCAGUGGAACUGUGGAAGUGACUACAUCAGCGUGACGUCCGGCUCAGAGCAGUUUCCUCCUCAUGGCCCCGCUGAGUCGAGGAGCCCUGGUGACAGUGACGUGAGGCCCUCCUGCCCCAUCCUGCCCCAUCCUGUCCCGUCCUGCAGACAGCAACACCUUCUGCACACCGCACUGUCAAGACCUGUCUCUGCAGUCUGCGUUUGA